AUGUUUUCUGUCUAUUCGAUUUUGGGCAUUUUAUUGGCCACCAUAGUCGCGUCCUACACUCGCAUUCUAUACAAAUGCCUGAGACGCGUGCGUGUACCCAUAAGGAGUGGCAAAUCUGCAGCGGAAAACGGCAGCGUGCAAAUAUUUAAGCAGGCGCCCGGGCCCAGGCCCUGGCCCAUCAUUGGCAACCUGCAUGUGCUGGAUAAGUACAGGGACAAUCCGUUCGAGGGGUUCACCCAGUUGGCCCAGCAAUAUGGCGAUAUUUACACGCUGACCUUCGGACAUACCCGCUGCCUGGUGGUCAGCAAUCUGGAACUGAUCCGCGAGGUGCUGAAUCAGAAUGGAAAGGUGGUCAGCGGACGGCCGGACUUUUUGCGCUAUCACAAGCUGUUUGGAGGCGAGCGGAGCAACUCGCUGGCCCUGUGCGAUUGGUCGCAGCUGCAGCAGAAGCGACGCAACAUGGCCAGGCGCCACUGCUCGCCACGCGAGUCCUCUUCGUUCUACAUGCAAAUGUCGCAGAUCGGCUGCGAGGAAAUGGAGCACUUUAUCCGUGAGAUAGACGCGCGGAUGGUGCCCGGGCAGCCCUUCGAUGUGAAGACGUUUCUGCUGCGCGCCUGUGCCAAUAUGUUCAGCCAGUACAUGUGCUCGCAGCGGUUCGACUACGACGACGAGGAGUUCCACAAGAUUGUGCAGUACUUUGAUGAGAUCUUCUGGGAGAUCAAUCAGGGACAUCCGCUGGACUUUCUGCCCUGGCUGUAUCCGUUCUAUCAGCGCCACUUGAACAAGAUCGUCCACUGGUCCUCCACCAUUAGGAAAUUCAUCAUGGAUCGGAUCAUCAGCCAUCGGGAGCUGCACAUCGAUGUGGAUGAGCCGGACAGCGACUUCACCGACGCAUUGCUCAAGAGUCUGAUCGAGGACAAGGAUGUCUCACGCAACACGAUCAUCUUUAUGCUGGAGGACUUCAUCGGUGGCCACUCGGCGGUGGGUAAUCUGGUGAUGCUGGCCCUGGCCUACAUAGCCAGGCAUCCGCAGGUGGGCACGCGCAUACAGGCUGAAGUGGAUGCCAUAUCCGGCCAGGGGCAGCGGCAAAUCAAUCUGCUGGAUAUGAGCCGAAUGCCCUACACCAUGGCCACGAUCUUUGAGGUGCUGCGCUACUCCUCGUCACCGAUUGUGCCGCAUGUGGCCACCGAGGAUACGGUGAUCGCUGGCCAUGGCGUCACCGCUGGCACCAUUGUCUUCAUCAACAACUAUGCGCUGAACAAGAGUCCAGAGAACUGGGUGCAGCCGCAUCAGUUUGAGCCGCAAAGGUUCCUGGAGGAACCAACCGAACGCAGAGACUCCAGAGAUUCCGAUUCGGGCAUUGAGGGUGAUCGCAAGGAGCUGCAACUCCGCAAGAAUAUUCCACACUUUCUGCCCUUUAGCAUUGGCAAGAGGACAUGCAUUGGCCAGAAUCUGGUGCGAGGAUUCGGCUUCCUGCUGCUGGCCAACCUUCUGCAGUGCUACAAUGUGUCCAGCGGGGAUCCCACAACGAUUAGGAUUACGCCCGCCAGCCUGGCAUUGCCAGCCAAGUGCUUUCCCUUGCUGCUCACAAGAAGGGCAUAGGCAUAGCAUCGAUCUGGGCAGUGUGAAGUUCUGUUUUAUAUUUUUUGGCUAUAACUUUGCGAAAAUGGGAGCAGCGCACAACCUCAAAGGGGGGCCGCCGCCACCGCCGUAACUUAAGAGCUAAA